AAAAUCGCGGAAAUUUUGUUUUUAUGUUGAAAUUUAUAAAAAAAAAUCAAAAGAUUUAUAGGAAAUUAAAAGAAAUUAUUAAAAAUUAAUCAAGGAUGGAAUCUGGCGAUAAAAACAAUCGACAGGAUGCCGGUUCAUCUUCAGAACCCACAAACAAAACCCCCGAACGGUCUGUAACCUUCUUGGACAAAGGAGUGGCAAAAGUUAUGAAGGUCAGCAAGGGUCACAAAGUCAUAAUUAUGAAUAAUGAGAACGGCGAACAGGAAUUUAUCGCAAUUCCAGCCUCGCAAGACAUCAAUCUCGAUGAAGUUUUGUCAUUUAGUGCCGGAACACAAAAUCCAGCGAUGCCUCCGUCACAAAAUUCUAAAAAAAAUAAUUUUGAUUCGUGGCAACCGGCAUGCAGUUCGACUCAACUAAUGUCCCAAGAGUUGUCUCCAAUCAAGCCACUUGCAAAUUAUCUCGAAAAAUCCCUGGAAAUCGCCGAAGGAGCAUCAGAAAAUGUUCCAGAGAGAGAAAAUCCGGUUAAAAUUGUUUCAUUGAACGAACGAAAUGAUUGGUCGGCAUUCAAAACACCUCAAACCACGCAAGCGACGUCAGAAAAUCCAAACACCGAGCCUGCCAUGGAAGUCGAUCAACCCAAAAACGAUGAAAUGCCUCGUCAAACAAUCCAUCAAACGGUAGGAAGUCUCACUUCAACUCUUGCUGGUGAAAUUUUUGCUCCGGAAUCACCAUCGCAGUCCAUGGUAGUUGAUCAAAAUACAAUUCUGCCAGUUUUACCGCCGAAAAUCGUUAAUACAACAACUGGUUUGAUGAAAAGUGACUCAGAAGACUCGGAUAAAGAUUCACCAGCGGCUCCUGAAGUUCAGCCCGUCACCGAAAAGGCGCCAGAAGAACCCGAAGAGAUGGAAGAAGAAGUCCAGAUCGAUCUAAGUUUGCCGCCAGCUGAUGCUGAAAUCUGGAAAGAGUUGGAAGAAAUUCAAAAUCAGCUGAGAAAAGAGUAUUUUGGUGAUUUUGAUGAAAAUGUUGAAGAAAAAGUUGAAAUCAAGGAGCCUCAAAGUGACUUGAUGAGUGCGCCAAAGUCACAAAAGACACAAAAAAUACAAAAAUCUCCAAAACGGAAGCCGAUGCCAAAAUCCAAACGACCAACAACGACGAGAACGCGAUCCAGAACAAUUUUAGAUUCGGAUUUUGAUGAUAAGAGUCAACCAAUGUUGAAACAUGUACCUCGUAUUUGAGAAAUUUCUGUUCUUUUUGUGAUUUAAUUUAAAUUUCUGCUAAGUUUUUGUAAAAUCUUGUAAUAAAAUAAAGUUAAAAUUUGU